CUCCACUACUAUACGCCUCCUUUACCCCCUUUUUGCUCCUCACCUGCUUGCACUUCUCUCUCUCUCUUCUCUCUCUCCUCUGUUUCUCUCUCUCUCUCUCUCUCUCUCUCUCUCUCUCUCUCUCUCUCUCUCCAGAAAAACCCUAAGAACUUUGAUCUUGAGGGAGCUUCCAUUCUCUAGCGACAAGAUUACGGGUGGGAGCAAGCUGGAUUCCGUCUCAUUUGGACCCGGGAAUCGGCUGAUCGGAUCUGGCUCCGGCGACAAUUUUUCCGGCCGGUGUUCACCGCGACGGGUAUUGAGAUUGGGGUUUUUGAGGAGGAAGGUGGAGAUUAGAGAGAGGAAGGGAGAGUAAGCGGAACGAGAUGUACAAAAACCAGCUUCAGGAGCUGGCGCAGAGGAGCUGCUUCAACCUCCCGUCGUAUACGUGCAUAAGAGAAGGUCCGGACCACGCGCCGAGGUUCAAGGCCACCGUGAACUUCAACGGCGAGGUUUUUGAGAGUCCUAACUACUGCUCGACGCUCCGCCAGGCCGAGCAUGCCGCCGCCGAGGUCGCCCUCAACUCCCUCUCCAACAGAGGCCCCUCUCACUCCCUCGCCGCUAGGAUUCUUGAUGAGACGGGUGUAUACAAGAAUCUCUUACAGGAGAUUGCACAAAGAGUUGGAGCUCCAUUGCCACAAUACACAACUUUCAGGUCAGGACUUGGGCAUCUUCCUGUCUUUACAGGGACAGUAGAAUUGGCUGGAAUCACUUUCACUGGGGAACCUGCCAAGAAUAAGAAACAAGCAGAGAAAAACGCAGCCAUGGCAUCUUGGUCAUCUCUAAAACAAUUGGCAAAGGAAGCUGCAAGUUCAUCAUCUGAAGUAGAGAACAAUGAUGAACUGGAACAGAUCACAAUUGCACGAGCAUUAUUGAAUUACCGUCUUAAGGAAAAGAUGGCAAAGGCGAACUCGCCCAAUGCCCAAUUCCCAUUUCCAAAGAAGUUCAUAGUUCAGAACAGAAGACCAUCAAGUCCACAGCCUCCCCCUGCUGCCACAUCAAAAAUACUCCCUUUAAUCUGUCCCAAGGGAGCUCCUCGUAACAGGCUCACAUCAACAGCUGCAAGCGAGAGUUCCAUGCCAGGCCCACCACUGCAGACUGCAGUGCCUGAAGGCCGUGGAACCCGCGCUCAGAAGUUCCCUGCUGCAGGCGCAGCUCCCUAUGUCCCCAUUCGACAUUUUAGGCCAUCCUACCAUGGGGUUGCACCACCUGUAACGGUAAGAACCGCAGUGCCUGUUUUCUCUGCGCCGCCACUUCCACCACCACCUGUGGUACCUGCUCAGGUGAUGCGAGCACCACCCAUGCAAAUUGCCCAACCUGUCUGUGUAAGGCAAGUUGUGCCGGUUUUUGCUGCUCCACCUGUUCGAAAAGAUCCACCAACUGUCACAGGCUCUGCCUCAUUAAACCAAUUGCCAGCAAGGGGAGAGGAAACUGGAGGCAGAACUGGGAAGGGAACAAAGGAAUCUGAGACAUUGGAGAGCUUGGAACAGCUGAAAAUCUAACUCUGGUUGGGCAGGAUUUGAAUCAACAAGAAACAAUGCCAUGGUUUUGUGUUGGUCAGUUUGUUUUAUGUCAUCUUCUCUAGUCUUAACUAUAAGAAUUAGCAUCAGCAAUCUUUGCAGUUCAAAGAGCAGCCUUACUGCAUUACUCUUGCAGUGUUUGUUUAUUGUUACUGGUAUAGUCGUCAUUUUUUAGCAUUGUUGAAAAGGGGUACUCCCAUGCAAGCUCCUGCACUGGGUGUUCUCAAAAUAGGGUACUGCUAUUUUUUCCAAAUGGGGUCCAACCUGGCGGAGCUGUUCUUGUUACACCAAGCUGGGUUUUUGCUCUUUCAGUGAUCACCAUGUCUAGAUACUGAUUGCAGUGUGCCUGAUUGUAAUACAUAGGAUUGCCUUAGGUUUUUACCCCCAGAAUCCCAAACUUUUUGUCAAUAUUGUCUUCCUCCAUGAGAGUAAAAUCUUCACCUCUGCUGAGAAGACUGAGCCUGGUCCUUGGUGUGUAGUAUCAAGGUAAAGUUGGCCUUCAGUUUCCAAGGAAUUGCUCCAGUGUGCUUUUGUAAUCCUUGAAUAUUGGUAUAUAGUUUAGUCCGGUUGGACAAUCAUAUGGUUAAAUGAUAUCAUUUGAAGUUGUGUUC